GAAACUAGUGCUUAGUGCGUUUAGAAGGACAAACCCUUUGAUGGUGCCACGUAGUUACCACCUCCAACCCACCCUCUGUCCUCUCGCUGCUCUGGGUUAGACCAUCUUACAACUAGGACAGGUGGGAUUUGCAGGGGCCCGGCCUUCGUGCUGGUGACUCAAGCACCAGAGACGGCCUUGCAGGGGAAAAAAAGGCAACUAAGUUUGUUGGCUACUAAGGGAUAGCUUGUACGGUUUUAAAAUUGUGGGUUUAAACUAGAGGCGGGCGCACCCGGAGGACAGUGGCGGUGGGUAGGAGGGGCCAGUCGGGAUCCCGGACAGUAUCUGGGUGUUCCACCCUCGCCGUGGCCGCGCCUCCUUUGAGUGGCAGUGGCGCGCACUGCCCAAUCUCCCGCCAAUACCCCUUGGGCCCGCGAAGGGGCGGCCAAUCAGAGGCCCAGCAGCUUCAGCGCCAGCCUCCUGGAAGGCCAUAGGGGUCGGGGAAGGUCUCCGGUUCCUUUUCACCUAGUCGGGGUAUCCCAUUUUUCCCGCCCUUCUGGACGGCUGCGUAAGGCGUUGGGGUUUAGCGACUGCCUGCAGUUCUGAGGCUUAGGUCGGAACCGGGUCCGUCAGCCGGGCGCGCAGAGCCGAGAAGGGCUCCCCCACAGGUGCAGGUCCGGUGGUUUCGUCCGGCCCCGCGCGCGCGCGGGAGUUAUUGAGGGGCGGGGCCCUGCGCACUUAAGGGCGGUUGGGCUAGGCAGGCUCAGACCUCUUCUGUGCUGUCGCUGGGUGAGGUUCCUGCUGGUGAGCUCUCCUUCAAACCACCGCCGCCAUGGCCUGCAGACCUAGAAGCCCACCCCGUUACGGGAGUCGCCGCGACGGCGGUGCGAGCCCGCGGUCUCCUGCGCGAUGGAGUCUCGGACGGAAGCGCAGAGCGGACGGAAGAGACCGGAAGCCUGAGGACUCCGAGGAAGGCGAGCUCCAGACUGCAGACCAUCGACCUGAAAGGUACAAAAGAAAGCUACUCAUAAAUGACUUUGGAAGAGAGAGAAAAUCGUCAUCAGGAAGUUCUGAUUCAAAGGAGUCUGUGUCUUCAGUGCCUGCUGACGUGGAGACAGAUGAAAGUGUCUUGAUGAGAAGGCAGAAGCAGAUCAACUAUGGGAAGAACACUAUGGCCUAUGAUCGAUACAUUAAAGAGGUGCCCAGACACCUGCGACAGCCUGGAAUCCAUCCCAGGACCCCCAACAAAUUUAAGAAGUAUAGCCGGCGGUCAUGGGACCAGCAGAUCAAACUCUGGAAGGUGGCUUUGCAUUUUUGGGAUCCUCCUGCUGAAGAAGGGUGUGAUUUGCAAGAAAUACAACCUGUAGAUCUUGGGGAAAUGGAGACAGAAUUCACAGAAAGCAGCUCUGAGUCCCAGACAAGUUCACAGGAUAACUUUGAUGUAUAUGCUGGCACACCCACCAAAGUCAGACAUGUGGACUGCCAAGUGGAGGACGAGUUUGAUUUGGAAGCUUGUUUAACUGAACCUUUGAAAGACUUCUCUGCCAUGAGUUAACUGCCCCCUGGUGGUUACUCUGAGAAAUACUUGGCUCUGCCUGGCUGCCUGGAAGGCAUGAGUUGCUGUGCAUUUGUAUUUGUUUUCUCUGUUAAGAAUUUAUUUUCUCAUGAUAAAUAGUUUUUCUUGCCUUAUUUUUAUGUAUGGUGAAUGUGUUACGCAUGUUUUAAAUUGUAAAUGAAGCUGAAUCCAGUGAAGACUUAACCCUAUUACCUUUCUGCCUCCUAAGUUAGACAACAGGAUGCGUGUGGUUUUCUACCAGAACUUGGGACUCCAGCUACCACGUUUCAAAUGGGUUGGCCACGGAUUUUAACCGUGUGUUUAUGGGACCAAUUUAGAAUUGGCUGCCCUUUAGGUAACUGAUGAAGAAUUCUCAGUCAGGCAGCUGCAGUGACUUUGUAAAAACUUAUUUUCUGGUCUUUUAUCAAUGUGAAUGUAGCUUUCCCUCAUACAGAGCUCUGAGCAAAGAUGUUAAGCUGUUAUAUUAAUGGGCUUUUAUGUAAGUUAUAUAGUUUUAAUUUGGAACUUGAAAUAGCAUUAGUGUGAGGUAAGUAUUUUAGUAAAUGCUCUGUGAGUUGAUGCAGAAGAGAGGAAGAGAGGGAUUUAGAAAGAACUUUGUUUUUUUUUUUUUUUUUUAAUGAUCAGUUAAUUUACCAUGUAAUAUUGCUGUAAAUGAUGUGUACAGAUAACUCUGUUCAUGUAUUCAAUUGUAAACUUGUCAAUAUUUGCAUUUCUAUUGCUUUUGUAUGGAAUGAUAAUUGCAAAAAUAAAGAUGCUUUAACUGAU